CCCAGCUGGGCCUGCGGCGCACUUGCGCAAAAUGCGAACCGGAAAGGAAGGUUCUUCCCCCGGGCGUUUUGGCGUCACAGUGUCAGGCAGAACUUCGGGGAACUGGAGCCUCCCGUAGGGAUGGAGAAAAGAGCGAGCUGCCCCAGGGUAAACAUGGAGUAGACAGAUUUGGAUUUCAUCAAGAUUAGUGGCUUUGCAAGAUGAUGAUUCAUGGUGAUGGCUUGCAGGGUCAUAAACAAAAGAAGGCACGUGGGACUUCAACAGCUUUCAUCGUUUGCAGAAACAGGAAGAACUUUCCUAGGCCCAGUCAAAUCAUCCAAAUUUAUUAUAGAUGAAGAGUGUCAUGAAAGUGUGUUAAUCAGUUCAACAGUAAGGCUUCUUGAAAGUUUGGAUUUAACCAGUGCAGUGGGACAACUUCUCAGAGAAGCAGUUCAAGCACAAAAUAACACAUACAGAACUGGAACCAGUACUCUUUUGUUUCUUGUUGGUGCAUGGAGCAGUGCUGCUGAAGAAUGUCUUCAUUUGGGUGUCCCCAUUUCAUUAAUAGUGUCUGUAAUGUCAGAAGGCUUGAAUUCAUGCAUUGAAGAGGUAGUUUCCCUUCAAGUACCUAUCCACAAUGUAUUUGACCGUAUGAUUAACACAAAGACAUUUUCUGGACCUGAAACAUUUAGUGUCGGCGUAUACCCUUUUCUCCAAAUCCCUUCAGGUACUGGUUUGAUACAGAAAGAGCGUGAUCUCAAAGAUGUUGCCUCUCAGUCACUGGCCAUUUACAGUCUUUCUGGGAGACCUGUUAAAUCACCUCAACUCUUUAGGUCUCAGGAUAAGGUUGAAGCAGAUGAAAACACAUCACAAACUCCUCAAACUCUGAAAAACAGUCUGCUUGCAGACACCCGCUGCAGAAAGUCAGUACUAACCCACAGUAGACAUUUUAGUAGGACAGGUAAUAAUCAAUGGAUAAGCAAACCAGAUGGAGUUCUAGAACAACUUAGUGCAGCUACUCCCAAGACUUACAGAUGUGAUGAUUUGGUGGAGUUGGAGGUGGGUUUGAGUCACGGAGGUCACAGCAGCAUGAAGUUAGUAGACGAAGCAGUACGGCUACAAUAUCAGAAUGCAGGUAUGCAGCAAGGCAGCUGUACAGUGCCAUUUCUUUUUGACAUUUCAAGAAUCUUCACUUGCUGCUUACCUGGCUUCCCUGAAACUUUUUCUUGUGUCUGUCCAGGAUAUAUCACUGUUGUAUCAAUAUCUAGUACUGCUCUGAUCAAGGAAUUGCAGAAUCAGCCUAUUCGCAUUGUUCUUGUUGAAGGUGAUCUCACAGAGAAUUAUCGCCACCUGGGGUUUAAUAAGUCUGCAAGUAUUAAAACAGUAUCAGAAAGCUUGAAGGUUCAACAAGAUGGCUCAGAAGAACUGUGGACAGAUCAUGUGUUACAGGUAUUAAUCAAGUUCAAUGUGAACCUUGUCCUGGCACAAGGAAAUGUGUCUGAACGCUUAAUUGAAAAAUGCACAGACAGCAAGAGGUUGGUAAUUGGAUCAAUGAAUGGCAAUGUAAUGCAGGCUUUUGCAGAGGCUUCAGGAGCAGUGCAGGUGACCUACAUUACACAAGUGAACGAAAACUGCGUGGGCAGUGGGGUCUGUGUGACCAUCUGGAGAAGCAUUCCCUUUGAUGCUGCAGAUGAGAUCAACAGAAUGGCAAUCAUGUUAAAAACAGAAGGAAUUAAUUUGGUUACAGUAGUGCUGACUAGUCCAGUCACUGCCCAGGUGCAAACCAAAGAAGAUACCUUCUGGACGUGUGCCUAUCGUCUGUAUCAUGCUCUAAAAGAGCAAAAGGUCUUCCUUGGGGGUGGCGCAGUUGAAUUUUUGUGUCUUAGCCAUCUUCAGAUUCUUGCGGAGCAGUCUGUGAAUAAAGGAAACCAAGGCUGUUCAGGAUGGCUUCAUAAUACUUCCUCUUGGCUGGCCUCAUCUGUGACACAGUACAGACCGACUGUGCUUAAACUCCUGGCAAAUGGAUGGCGCAGAUACCUUUCAACUCUCCUGUAUAACACUGCCAGUUACUCAUCAGAAUUUGAAGCCGGCACAUUCAUUCAACAUCAUCUACAAAAUGCUACAGACUCUGGCUCUCCUUCCUCUUACGUCUUGAAUGAAUAUAGUAAACUAAAUAGUGGGAUUUUAAAUUCAGACAUUUCAGAUAAACUGGAACAGAUUCCAAGAGUUUAUGACAUUGUUACACCAAAGAUUGAGGCAUGGCGCCGAGCCUUGGAUUUAGUACUGUUAGUUCUUCAGACAGACAGUGAAAUUAUCACUGGACUUGAACAAACGCAGAUAAAUUCGCAGGAAUCAGAGGGCUUUUUAUUUUUGUAGUGUUAUUGGCUAAGUCUUUGGAAAAUAAUCUUUGGUAAUAUGUCGUGCUAAUAAUAAAUUUUCUAGUAGCCAAGUUACAGUUUCUAAAAUGCCAGCUUUUACCAAGAGAAAAUAAUUGAUGUGUGUCAAUAACUGUACAAAGUCGGAGAUUUCACCCUACUUACAAUUUUGUUCUCUGUUUCUAUAUUUUUAUUCUGUAGCUGGACAUGUCUCUUUUUUUAACAUUUUAUUGGAGUAUAAUUGCUUUACAUUGUUGUGUUAGUUUCUGCUGUAUAAGAAAGUGAAUCAGUUAUACGUAUACAUAUAUCCCCAUAUCCCCUCCCACCUGCAUCUCCCUCCCACCCUCUUUAUCCCACCCCUUUAAGUGUUCACAAAGCACCGAGCUGAUCUCCCUGUCCUAUGCGGCUGUUUCCCACUAGCUAUCUAUUUUACAUUUGGUAGUGUAUAUGUCAAUGCUACUCUCUCACUUUGUCCCAGCUUACCCUUCCCCCUCCCCAUGUCCUCAAGUCCAUUCUCUACCUUUGUGUCUUUAUUCCUGUCCUGCCCCUAGGUUCGUUACAACCUUUUUUUUUUU